AUGCUCCGCGAAUCUAACCUCCCCAAACCCGGUGCACUGCUCGCCGUGAUCCUGGCGCUGCUCGUAGUGCCGGGUAGCAGCGGCAGCAGCAGCAGCAGCAGCGGCGGUUCCGAUUUCACCGGCCAGCGAACCUGCGAACCGAUCCGGAUCGAGCUGUGCCGCGGGAUCGGGUACAACGAGACGUCGCUGCCGAACAUCGUCGGCCACGAGCUGCAGUCGGAUGCGAACUUUACGCUCCAGACGUUCUUCCCGCUGAUCCAGUUCGGGUGCAGCAAGCAGUUGAAGUUUUUCCUGUGCGCAACCUACGUGCCGAUGUGUACGCCCAAGGUGUCGAUGCCGAUCGGGCCCUGCCGCAGCCUGUGCAACACGGUUAAGAACCGCUGCCAUCCGAUCCUGCAGGGUUUCGGGUUCCCGUGGCCAUCGGCGCUGGACUGCAACCGGUUCCCGGAGGAGAACAACCACGAGCACAUGUGUAUGCAGGGGCCCGGGGAACCGUCCGAGCUGGACGUGCUCGUGUCGGACCGGCCGGCCUGCCAGGGGCUGCAGAAGUCGAACCUGUACGUGCAGCUGAACCGUUCCGGGCGCUGCGCUCCGCUCUGCGACGCCGACAUCCUGUUCGAGCAGGACGAGAAACACUUUGCCGAGGUGUGGCUGACGUCGUGGAGUGUGGCCGCCCUCGGGACGGCCAUCGUAGCCACGCUCUGCCUGAUCCUGUCGACCAAGCGCUGGGACAAGAGCCUGAUGCCGCUCGUCAUCAGCCACUGCCUGGUGACGGUCGGCUGGGCCGUCCGGUGGCUGGCGGGCCGCAACGCCACGGCCUGCGGCUACGACCCUCAGCUGCCGGGCGUUGCCCUGCUGCUGACCGACGGCCUCUCGACGGCACCGUGUGCGGCCACGUUCCUGCUUCGCUACUACUUCGGCCUGUCGGCAGCUGUCUGGUGGGCGAUCCUGUGUUUGCGUUGGAGUAAAUCCGUCCGCCGGCUGCUCGGCACGCCCGAGCUCGGCGGUCCGGACCCGCACGCCGAGAAGCCGGACGGAGCGCACGACACCGUGUUCCAGCUGGCCGCCUGGGGCAUCCCGGCCCUGCUCACCGUCGUCGUGCUGGUGGCGCGGCUCGUCGAUGCGGACGAACUUUUCGGAUCCUGUUUCAUUGGAAACCAAUCCGACAAGGCGCUGCUAACGUUCGUGAUCGUGCCGCUGCUGGCGAGCUGGGUCAUCGGGUCCGGCUACCUCUUCACCGCGUACCUCCGGAAGCGAUCGGCCGCCCUGUCGGCCGUUCACAACCUGCCGGUCCACAUCCACGGGAUGGGCAAGUUCCUGUUCAUCUACACCGUUCCGACGGCCGCCCUGCUCAUGCUGAUGUUCUACGAGUACGCGGCCCGCGAGAACUGGCUCCAGUUGCCGCACCCGUCGCUGGAACCGGCCCUCCCAUCGCGGGCUCCCCUCUGGCCGUUCCUGUUGCGUGCGUUCAUUGAGCUGCUCGUCGGAGUGCUGGCCUCGGCGUGGGCCGUCGGUCCCCGGAUUGUGGGGCUGUGCCGCGGGAGCACGGGCCGAAAUGUGCCGACGAAACUGGCCGGACCGGCGGUCUACAAGCAACCGCCACCGAAACUGAGCGCCUUCGCGGCCACCGCACCCUCGACUUACUCGACCGCCUCCUACCAGACCGUGUGCCCCCAGAAUUCGCUCGUCUCGGUGUCGAUUGGGAAGCUGCCGCCCGUGCGCCACUCUUCGGCCCGCAAGUACCAGUCCCAUUCGCACAUCAACCGGAAACCGCGGGGCUACAAGAUGUCCACGCAAACGAUCAGCCUCACCGGCCACGAGACGGUCCUGUGAGCAAGCAGGCGUUCGGCCGGGCGGCGCGCCCCGGGCUCCAGGAGAACCACGUUGUGAUAUUAUUGUUAGAGUUUAAAUUAUUACCGAAAAGUCGUUUGAAAGGCAGAGGAGAAUGCUAAAGAAGAAGGCGCGCGAAAAGGGAACGCGCGUGUAAUGAUGAUCAGAAAAGGAACCUUCGACGGCCCCUGUGUGGCCGCCGAAGGACGCGCGAAGGACGAAGGAAGAAUGGUGGCGCAUAGCAUGAAAAUCAUUUACUUCGCGAUGCUUAAAAGUUAGGGUUUCAUGAUGAGGUUCUGUCCAACGGUGAGGUUCUGUAGGUUUUUACAGCUGCGAUGCGGGACCUCUUCGUCGCUGAUUUGCCUUAACGAAGUGUCAGCGCGCGCGCGCGCGCAGGGAACGCGGUGGCGCAGGGUGUCGACGACGCCGGUGCGCCAUAAACAUGGCGUCUUGCGUUUUCUGUUUUUAUUUUUCGCUUUGCGUUUUAUGUUUGCGUUUAUACUUUCGCAUGAUGCACCCGGGCCUGGCCCCCCCAACCAGCUCAACCGAUCGAUGAAAGUGAUCGUGUACGGUUUAGCAUUUUCGAAAAUUUACAACGAUGUUCUCUCCGUUUUGGGGGCAUAAUUUAUUGGCCACUGCUGGUUUCGUUUUUGAUUUGUUAAACUGCUUUUAAUACUAGGCCCCCCUUUCGG